AUGAAGGAUGUGGAAAUACCGAAGUGGCUUAAAGGAUUGGCAAUGGCACCUGAAUUCCGCCCAACGGACACCGAAUUUGCAGACCCAAUUGCGUAUAUAUCCAAAAUAGAGAAAGAAGCUAGUGCUUUUGGAAUAUGUAAAAUAAUUCCGCCAUUGCCCAAACCUUCAAAAAAGUAUGUUCUUUGUAAUUUGAAUAGGUCCCUUUCCAAGUGCUCGGAACUGGGUUCGGAUCUAAAUCUCAUGUCAAAAACGGAUAAUGCUGAUAGGGGAAAUUGUAAUGGUGGGGUGAGUAGGGCGGUUUUCACUACUAGGCACCAAGAAUUGGGUGGUGAGAAAGGGAAAAGGGUGAAGGGGGUGGGAGGUCAAGUAUCCGGAGCUCAAAAGCAAGUUUGGCAAAGUGGGGAGGUUUAUACAUUGGAGCAAUUUGAAGCAAAGUCGAAGAAUUUUGCUAAGGGUCAGUUUGGGAUGGUGAAAGAGGUGAAUCCAUUAAUCGUAGAGGCAAUGUUCUGGAAAGUGGCUUCUGCUGAGAAGCCAGUUUAUGUAGAGUAUGCAAAUGAUGUGCCUGGUUCAGGGUUUGGUGAACCAGUAGGGUCACUGCGACAUUUUUAUAGGCGUAAGAGGAGGAGGAGGAAGAGGAAGUCCUUCGAUCGGAAUAAUUUAGGGAGCUCUGAUAGCAAGGAUGAUCAAGUAGAUGCAGUGAGCAGUGGUAGGUUAGAUAAAGUUUCAGGUGGCCAGAAAGAUUUUGGUUUAUGUAAAGAGACAGCAUCAAAUUCAUUACCAUCUACGCAGUUGCAUCAAGCCGCAUCUUUUUCUGGGGACAAGGAUUUAAACUGCACAAGUGAGAUGGAAGGUACUUCUGGUUGGAAGCUUUCAAACAGUCCUUGGAAUUUACAAGUAGUAGCACGAUCAUCUGGAUCUUUGACACGUUUUAUGCCAGAUGAUAUCCCUGGUGUUACUUCUCCAAUGGUUUAUGUGGGAAUGCUGUUCAGCUGGUUUGCUUGGCAUGUUGAAGAUCAUGAACUUCACAGCUUGAACUUCCUUCACAUGGGCGCUCCAAAGACUUGGUAUGCAGUGCCAGGAGAUUAUGCAUUCAAUUUUGAAGAGGUCAUUCGUCUUUAUGGUUAUGGAGGAAACACUGACCGUUUAGCUGCUCUCUCUCUCUUGGGUGAGAAGACAACUGUGUUGUCUCCUGAAGUUAUUGUUGAAUCAAACAUCCCAUGUUGCAGGUUGGUGCAAUACCCUGGAGAAUUUGUUGUGACUUUUCCGAGGGCUUACCACAUAGGAUUCAGCCAUGGUUUCAAUUGUGGAGAAGCUGCUAAUUUUGGCACUGCAGAAUGGCUUGCAAUAGCUAAGGAAGCUGCUGUGCGUAGAGCUGCCAUGAAUUAUCUACCCAUGCUUUCCCAUCAGCAACUUUUAUACUUGUUGACCAUGUCCUUCAUUUCAAGAAUACCAAGAUCCUUGCUACCAGGGGUGCGAAGCUCACGCCAUAGAGAUCGUCAGAAGGAAGAAAGAGAAUUGUUAGUAAAGAAAGCCUUUAUCCAAGAUAUCUUGAAUGAAAACACUCUCUUGACUAUUCUUCUUCGGAGAAAUCCCUUGUACCAUGUAGUACUAUGGGACCUGGAAUUGUUGCCAUCUUCAAGUAAAGAAUCUGAAUUCUGCAAUGGUGCAGAUGCUGCAAUAUCAACAUCAAUUGAAAAAGCUUAUCCUGAGGACGAUGAUAAUCAGGAUCAUUUCAGUCAGUUGGAUAACUGUAUAAAUGCAGUUGGUUUUGACCUAGACGAUGAUGACUUGGCAUAUGAUUUUCAUAUUGAUUCUGGAACUUUACCCUGUGUUGCUUGUGGUAUUCUUGGUUUUCCGUUUAUGGCUGUUGUACAACCAUCUGAGGAAGCGUCAAAGACUCUUCUGCUUGAGGAUCAUCGUACCAUUCAAGAUCUAGAAGUUUUCAAACCGGUUGAAUCUCAUUCCCUUUCUGACCUCGAUCACAUGGUUGAGGCCUCUAUUCCAGUGGUUGAAUCAAGCCAACCUAUACAUUCACCAAUUGAGCAAUCUCCUAUCUCUGACCAUUCAUCAUCUCCCAAGUAUGAUGCAGCUUCCUCAAAAGCUAAGACUGCGAUGGGAUGGAACAUUUCUGGUGCAUUUGAAAAACCACGACUGUUCUGCCUGGAGCACGCAAUUGAAACUGAAGGACUGUUGAGUACAAAAGGUGGAGCGAAGGUUCUCGUGAUUUGUCAUUCAGACUUCCAAAAAAUAAAGGCACAUGCUGCAGCCAUAGCGGAGGAGAUUUCCGUACCUUUUAAUUAUAAUGAGAUUCCACUAGGUAGGGCAUCACAGGAAGAUCUAUACUUGGUUGAUGUUGCUAUUGAUAGAGAAGAACAAACUGGAUGCAUAGAAGACUGGACUUCACAAAUGAGUAUCAAUUUACAGCACUGUGUGAAGGUGAAAAAGAAUUUCCCAUCCCAGAAUGUUAAGCAUCUAUUGACUUUGGGUAGGUUGUUCUCCGAUGCAACUACCGAUUUGAAUUCUUCCAGUUUCUAUUGGAAAUCCAGGAAAUUACGCACAAAUCGUAAUCUAAAACACCCAUUGCAAAGAAUAUCUACUGAUGGCCUUAAAAUCAUGAAAGACGAGGAGGAUUCGAGAUCAAAGUUUGAGCAUCAAACGGCUAGGAAAGAGGUUAAAUUCAUCCAAUAUUCAAGAAGAAAAUACAGAUCUCAUAGUUCUGCAGGAGUAAAUGAGGCACCUAAAGACUCUAUUGACCAUGUUCUACAAAAUGUUCCUGCUGGUGAUGAUGUAGAUCAAAAGAAAGAAGCUAAAAGCACUACUAAAAGUAUUAUCGUUGGAGUUGAAAAUAUUGAGCACACUUUUCCAGGGCUGAGUGCUUUAGCUUCUGUGGGACAGUCUGAACACGAAUGCAUAAAUUUUUCACAAACCGGAGGUUGUGAUGAUAAUUCCCUUCCGUUGCAAUGUGCAAAUUCAUUUAGUUCUGCCACACCAGCCAUUGAGAAUGUUGCAGCACAAGCUAUAAUUUGCUCGUCAGAUGGGUUGAUAGUGAAGGAAAAAUUUUGUGAUUCAACAUGGCGUGAUCCCAAGGUGCAGCAUGAAAUCGAGGUAGAAGGAAAAUUUGAGAAAAACAAGAGAUGUUAUUUGGAUAAUUCUGAUUGUUCACCAGCAGCUGAAGCUGGGAGGUGCCAUUCUGGAAAUUUUUCAGGUCCUUCUGCAGUUUCUGCUCAGAGCAACAGCAAAAAAGAAAAUGCCAGGAAGAAACAUAUGGCGAAGGAAACAGACAGUGAGGUAUCGGAUACCUUGAGUUGCGAGGGGCACGACAAAGUUCAGACAGACGCUGAUAUUCAAGACAAAGCUGUUCCUGUGGGACAGCAUGAAAUUCUGACGGUCAGAGAUGAUGAAGUUAAAGCUGUUUCUGGGGGGCAGCAAGAAAUUCAGACAGACAGAGAUAACCAAGAGAAAGCUGUUUCCGAGGGUCAGCAAGAAAUUCAAACAGACAGAGAUGAUCAAAUCAAAGCUGUUUCAAUAGGUACUGGACUAGUAGAAGAAUAUACUUCCACCUCGGUUGAAGAACUCCAUGUAGCAAGUAAUAUACAUGCUGCCAUGGAAUCUUGUGGCGAUGACAGCAAGGAUGCCUCUUCACCUGUGCAGAGAGAGCCGAAUUAUUCCAACUCUACCACCCUGCAAUCUGAACCAAAUUUGAAAAGUGGAAGAAAGAGAAAACGAGAAGUAGACCUGCUAACACAAGAUCAACUGCAUGUUGGUGGCUUCAUAAUAAGUCCUUGUGAAAGCUUGAGGCCAAGGAUCAGAAAAGAUGCAUCUGUCAGUGGAACCGACUGUGAGAAACCUGUAGAGGAGAAGCUGCCGGUGAAGAAGGCGAGGAAGGCUUCAGCUGAUUCUAUCCCUCACAAGGAUAAAAAAGAACACGAAACAAGACCUCACAAGUGUGACUUAGAAGGCUGUCGAAUGAGUUUCAAGACAAAGGCAGAGCUUGUCCUUCACAAACGUAAUCAGUGCCCAGUUGAUGGGUGCAGGAAGAAACUCAGCUCCCACAAAUAUGCAGUACUGCACCAGCGCGUUCAUAAUGAUGAUCGGCCCCUCAAGUGUCCAUGGAAGGGUUGCACUAUGUCAUUUAAGUGGGCUUGGGCGAGAACUGAACAUAUACGAGUGCACACUGGGGAGCGUCCGUAUGUGUGCAAGGUCAAAGACUGUGGCCUUACUUUUAGAUUUGUAUCUGAUUUUAGCAGGCAUAGACGGAAAACCGGACAUCAUGUGAAGUUAAAUUAG